UAGUAUCGAUCCGCCCAUCCCUAAAUUCACAGACUGAGACAAGAACAGCAAACGCCGAACAACUUCUCUGACACUGUAACUGCAUUUGAAUGUUCUCUGUCGCAAAACAAUAGUUCUUUGUAUCUACGUUUCUUUGUCCGUUCGUAACUGCAACAUUUACAAACGGGUCCUUUGAGUUUCCUGAUAUAACAGAAGCAGUAUAACCAUCAACAUGUCCUCAGAGGCAUCCUCUCCUGUGAAGUCCACUACCCCUCCUCUGUCCCCGAUGUCUCCUGUCUCUCCGGUGUCCCCCUGCUCUCUGCGCCUGCAAACCUGUCGCCACAGGGACCUAUCACCCUCCCCAAUGAUAGUGAGCUACCUGAUUCCCAGCCCUCUGCCCACCCGCCGCAACCGCACCUGCUCCGCUGCAGCACGUGCAGCAGAAGGGCCGGUUUUCACUGGGGUCUGCAAGUGCUUUUCAAGGUCCAAAGGCCAUGGCUUUAUUAUACCAUCGGAUGGAGGCAAUGACAUCUUUGUGCACAUAUCUGACAUUGAAGGUGAAUAUGUGCCUAUGGAAGGAGAUGAAGUCAGCUAUAAAAUCUGCUCUAUUCCACCCAAACAUGAAAAGAUUCAGGCUGUGGAAGUGACCAUCACUCAUUUAGCACCAGGCACAAAGCAUGAGACCUGGUCAGGAGCAGUGGUUGAAUCCUGAGGACCCGUGAUAUCAAUAGCAUUCACACUCUGAACUGUCAGGCUGUGUGUGAUGUUGAUUUUGAAAUGGGUUUCUGUUCCUUUUCUGGAGUUUUGGGGAGGAGAACAGGGCUGAAUGAAUGCAUUUAAGGGUAGUGUUUGAGGUGGGAGCACAAGUCCUAAGAAGAAAAAGUCUUAUGCUUAUGUUAUUUUUCUUCCGUUUUGGAGGGGACUGGGGGUGUUUUGUUUUGAAAAGAUCUCUUAUUGGCUUUAAUGAUGUGGCAUGAACAGCAUGCUUACACUAACCAUCUGUGAAUUCAGUAUCUUUGAAUGAUAGUUGUCUGGUGAAUAUGGAUAUGCUUAAUGGGUUAGUUUACCCAGAAAUAAAAAUGUAGUCAUCAUUUACUCACCCUGUUGUUUCAAACGUUCUUGAAUUUCUGUCUUCUGUGGAACACAAAAGAUGAUUUUAGGGACUGACAGCCUCAUUCACUUUCAUUGUAUGGAAAAAAAGAACAUGCUAUGAAAGUGAAUUACCUUCCCUGACAUUGUCUAAAAUCUAAACAAUUGUGUAAAUAAUGAAGUCAUUGGAGUUUGGAAUAAUAUCAGGGUGAGUAAAUUAUGAAAGAACAUACAUUUUUGGGUGAACUAUCCCUUUAAGAAAACUGACCGCACUCUUAAAAGAAAGCUUGAACCAAUCAUCUAAAUAGCUGAAAUACAUACUUUUCCAUAGUUCACUUUUCCUUAUACUUUACAAUAUGGUUCAAUUUGUUAACAUUAUUAACAACAUUAGUUAACAUGAACUAACAAUGCACAAUACUUUUACAGCAUUUAUUAAUCUUAAAUGGUAAUUAAAACAUACUAAUACAGUUUUAAUAUCAAAAGUUUAUUAGUUAUCAGUAGUUAAUGAACUAACAUUGAACAAUUGUAUUUGUAUUAACUAACAUUAAUAAAUGCUGUAAAAGUAUUGUUCAUUGUUAGUUCAUGUUAACUAAUGUUGUUAAUUUUGUUAACAAAUGGAACCUUAUUGUAAAGUGUAACCCA